CGCUGGCUUUGAUAGUGCUUGGGAGAAGGUGCCGGACAGACCUCGCGCACAACUUUGAAUUACUUCUCAAAAACAGAGCGGAUGUCUCUAUCUUUUUGAAAAGCAUUGGUCUGUCUCAACACUUUUGGCUCAUUGGAAAGCACCGUGGGCUCUCACUCACCAUCACUCCAUCUCCAUAGUGAAGGGUAUCAUACGGCUGUCGAACGUGUCAUGGUCCAAAGAUCGUCUCCACUGAAGGCAGACAAGGUAGUCAGUUUCGAUGGUUGCCGAUCUCAAAAGAAUCGUGGUCUUUGGCAGUCAUGUUUGGCCGGUCUGCUGCCUUCCUUCCAGUUUUGAGUUCCUUCAGAAAGAAAAAGAAAAACAGAAGCUGCAGUUUCUCCUUUGCUCUUACCGCUUGAUAUCAUUUCAAUAGUAACUGCCUCCGAGCUCGGGUCGAGGAAAGAACUACCUAGUACACGAAGAUUCCAUGGACGACCUUUAAUGUUUCCCAUUGUCCUACCAUAUAGAGCAACCGGUAACAGCAAACAUGGAGGGUAUAAGACACCGAUCUUGUCUAACCUUCUAUCUCACCAUCCCAUCAUCGAAUUCAAUUUGCCGAUCAUGGAUGAUCCUACUUUCAUGCUUUUGCAACUGCAGCAGAACGUGCAGUUCUUGAGAACUCACGAUGCUCGCUUGCUUACCUGCCUAACGUACGACAAGAACAAUGAGCCAUACUGGACUUAUGCCAUUGUCACCUACGACAAGUACGGCAACGUUGAAGAUUAUCAUGACCCUCACGGCGGACUAGCCGAAUGGAGCAAGGAUCCGUUGGAGAUUCUCAAGAAGCUACACUGGAAAGUAGCUGGCUUCGUUGCGAACAGACCGAUUCAUGAUUGCCGUCCUCGACUGAGAACUCUGACCCAACAGCGGGCUGAUGAGGCCUCUAUCAAAUCUAAUCCGUCGUCCGAUGAUUCCAACGCGCAGACGUUCACCGAUGCUGAGCCUUACCAACCUCAGAAACUCGGCCCAGCUCACUUCCCUCAACCGUCUCCUAUGCUGGGCUCAGAGACUUGGUCUUCCAACAGCAUCAUGUCACGUGCUAAACCGGUCAACAAGCAGAGAAAUGCUGAUAUCAAGUCUCAUCGGCCCCAGAAGCUUGGUCCGUCCCAUUUCCCUCAGUCUUCACCUUCAUUGGGCUCUGAGACAUGGCAUCCUCCUAAUUUACCCUCGCGUGCCAAACUCUCAGGAUCGGCCAACAAGCAGCAGGAACAUGCCUUUGGUACAGAUGGACCUUCAAUUCAGCAACAGAUCCAAGCAACCGCCCAGCGUGGUCGGUCUGUCAGAUCUGCUGUGAACCAGUCCUACGACAGUCUUGGCAAGGGUGAAAUGUCCAUGUACUCACAGGCGCAUGCUACCGCUCAGCGCGAUAAAUUUCGCUCAACAAAGAGCAAGCUCCACAGCGAAGAAUUGGGGCUGAACUCAUCGGCUCUCCAGCAUGCAGAAGAAUCCCAGAUUUCUUUUGCCAAUACUGCUUCUAUCCCGCAUCGUGGAGCAGACCAGCAACAACAAUCUCGUGCAAGACAUUAUGUGUUAGGAGAUAAUGCCGCACGUCGCGAGAUCGUCAGACGCUCUGAAGCCCUUGAAGCCGAAGCACUCUCUCCCUGGAUUCGAAACAACUACAAUGAUCCAGUCGCAUCGACCGUCAACACCAAAAACCAGUCAAUUCUGCCCGAGCCCCUCACUUCUCACCCUCCUAGAGGCCAGCCCAUCUCGAUCAUGAUUGACCGUGAGACGUUCAACAUGCAGCAAACAAACCCUGUCGAGUUCGCACACAGAGUCAACCUCGCAAGCCUCGCCAUGGCAGGGCAAGCUCACCGUGACCGCGAGCCGAUCGCCAGAAGCAAGUAUGAAGGUCAAGAAUACCUCAAUGAUGAAUCACGCCAGGUAGUUUCAGAAAUGGAAAAACACGACGACUUUGACAGUUUCUUCAACGUCUUUACUCAAGCUCGUGAUGCCGAUCGCCGCACUGCAAGCCAAACUCCCCUGAUUCACUUCCCUGGCUCCCCUGAAUCCGACAAGACGGUCACUCCUUUCCAUACUUUUAUGAACGAAGGCUCGAUCUCGCGUCGUCGCAGAUCAACUCCCACACGCUUUGAUCAGGAGAUUACCGAUCCAGUUCCUCCUGCCGCACCUUUUCCUCCAUCUACUUCAUGGUACACCUCUCGUGAUCCCUCUUACCCUCCUUACCCACCUACCCUUUCUACCUCACGCUCAGAGGCCGCAAUGCCUCGCAACAUUUCCGCCAGCAGCGAAGCCAUCCGCAGAAACUUCUCCACCAGCAACGAAACCUUGCGUAGAAGCACACCUAACGACAAUGAUGAAAUGCCCCUCGAACCUCGCCAUCCCUUGCAAACUCAGCAACCCCGUGAAGGUGAGCCGAUUCACGUUGAGAUUCAGCAUGAUAGAGAUGUUUUCCGCAGAACGGGUCAGAUUUUCAGAGUUGUCGGUAGAAAGGUCAGUGAGACAUUGAGUGGAAGAAGAUUGAGUUCUGUGCCUGAUGGGCGCGUGUGAUUUUACUGCAUACAUUGUGAAGAAAAGAUGCACCUCACGGAAGGCAUGACCGGAACGGAGUGCUGGAAGCGGAAGCGACGAGGCGAAAUGAUUUGAGAAAGAGCGAACAGUCUUUACAGUCUUGAUAGAUUCUUCGCCGAAUGGAAUAAAAUUGCUCUACC